AUGUCCUUCGCACGACUUUUACCAUCAAAAAAUGAUGAUGAUGAAACUAAAUCAUUAUCAGAAACAGGUGUUAUUGUAAAAGAUAUUGUUCCACGUUCUAUGAUCGAUAAUGAUGAUUGUACAUGCACAUGUUCAUGUUGUCCAACUAUAUUCGAUUGGUGUAUAAAAGAUGCUUGUGGCUUAUUUUGUGGUAUUAUGACAUGGAUGUUCUUUUUAUAUGGAGAAUUGGUUUUUGUUUUUGUUAUUUUAACACCAAAAACAUAUUCAUUAUUAUUUUAUUUAAUUAAUUUCUUCAUAUUUCAUGUUCUUGAAUUUCUUGCUAUUUCAUCACAUUUUCAAACUAUGUUUUCAAAUCCAGGUGCAGUGCCAUUGAAAAAUGCUACACCGGAAAAUUUACUUAGAUAUGAAAGUGGUACAACUGUUUAUCGAUGUGCCAUGUGUCAAAGUAUAAAACCAGUAAGAGCACAUCAUUGUAGUGUGUGUAAACGAUGCAUAAAACGAAUGGAUCAUCAUUGUGUAUUUGUUAAUAAUUGUGUUGGACAAAACAAUCAAAAAUAUUUCAUUUUAUUUACGUUUUAUACUUUUAUGUUAACAAUCUAUGGAUUGUUGCUUCUUGGUAUUCAUAUAAAAACUUGUAUGUCAUCAAAUUGGGCUGCAUGUCCUGCUUGGUCACCACCAGUGACACUUCUUUUUAUGAUAUCUUUUGGUUUAGAAGGAUUAUCUUUCUUAUCAUUUACUGGUAUUAUGACAUGUACACAAUUAUAUUCUAUAUAUACUGAUACAACUCAAAUUGAAUUAUUUAAAGGAGUAACAUAUUUAAAUCGAGAACGAAAUUCCUUUAUAUAUUCAUUAAAAAUAGUUUUUGGUUCACGAAUGGGUUUAACAUGGUUAAAUCCAUUUUCUAAACCAAUUGAUUUAAUUACUCAAGAUGAUGAACGUAUAAUAUUUGAUAUUUAA